UCCCGGAAGAUGCGCUUUUCCACUUACAUCUCCCUUAUCGUUGUCUAACGCAGUAAAGAAGAGCCAACUGGACUCAAACCAAACUCUUAGCUCGUACAACCGACUGUUUAUUUUUUUACGUCCGCAGUUUAAUUUGACUAAAUCGUAUUGAGCUGUUGUCAAAAUUGCUUGUAAAGCCACACCUGUGACCGCCUUCGGUUUACUAAACAUUACCCGAAAGCUAACUUGCAGUGCAAAACAAUCCAUAUCUAUUCCCCGGUGGUAGAUGACACUACCCACCUAAAUCAUACUAAUAUCGAUUAAGAAUAAAACAUUCCUUUAUCAGCGCGGACUCUUAACAACUUUUUUCAUAAAGUCUUUUAGUCCACCAUCGUCCCUCGGUGCUCAUUGCUGAACUGUAAAAAAAAAAAAAAAAAACUCUCCGGUUUUGCUUACUACAACCAGGCUGCAGCCAAACUUUGGUGUCGGGCCAAUCAUUUCCCAGGAAAAUGUGACUGCUAGGAAUUCCCCACGCAUCAGCCCCUCUCGGAGAAAACUGCAACCUUGUGUCAGGAAACACACGAAAGCAGCGGGAGGGUAAACUGACCGGUGACUAUGAGAUGAUGUAGCUACAGUACCGUGUGUCUCCAGCUCUCACCAGGGAUAAUAAUGUUUUUCUAACGUCGCCGUGUUUCAUGAGGACAUCCACUAACCUAGCCUGUAUAAAGCCAGGGGAAUGUAUACAGUGCUGAUGACAGCCUGAACCAGGGUGUAGAUGCUCCAGGCGCAGCGGGACCCAGCCUCCGUGUCAGAGAGGGACGAGGCUGCUCCCACCUGGGCCACAGCACUCCUGUGAAACUCAGCUCGUGGUCUCUCUCUCGGAGUACUAACCGCCCAGAUUAUAGAAUAGAGGGGCGACAGGGAAGCCAUUUUGUGAGGUGAAGCUGAGUCUCUGUCCGUGCCGAGAAGGAGCCAGGAGUCGUCGUAGCCUGGAUAUUUUUGGCUGCUCCCUGCCCUCUGAACUCCACUGCCAUGACGACUGCAGUACAGCCCAGUGAACUGGUGUUUGAAUUUGCCAGCAACGGGAUGGACGAAAUCAAUCAGGUGUGCAGUUAUCUCAUCCCCACACCCGUGUCUGAAUCCUGUGGAGCAGGCUUGAUUCUGGACGACCCGUCAGUAUUCCCAGCAGUGAUUGUUGAGCAGGUGCCAGCAGCCGAUCUGCUGCAGGUCUAUUCAGGCCUGGAGUCCGAUGAGGUGACCAACGGCAUUAUGGUGGACACCACUCUCCACGUCGUGGAAGAACCUUCCAUCUUGGUGGGAGGUGUGGACCUCUCAGAAACAGCAGUCUCAGGUGCAGAGGACAGCAUGGAGACGAACGAAGCUGCAGCAGCUCUUCUUAACAUGGAGUCUCCAAACAACAUUUUGGACGAAAAGCGUAUGAUUCACACCUACGGCACUCUGUUGGAGUCAGAUUUAUACGUUCCUCUGAGGCCUGACCAGAUGGAUAAUAGUGCCCUUGACAUGUCCCUAGACGAGGACACUUCAUCCAUGGAUGAGAUACCCCAAAAGUGUCCCUUAAAACCGCAGAAAAAAACCAAAGUGCGGAAGCCGCGGGCGGUGCGUCCCUGCUCCCCUAUCACCACCCCUAACCUGCCACUCAGGAAGAAGAGCAAAGAGGGCAAAGGCAACACGAUCUACCUUUGGGAAUUCCUUCUGGCUUUACUGCAGGAUAAAAACACCUGUCCCAAAUACAUCAAGUGGACACAGCGGGAGAAAGGCAUCUUUAAGCUGGUGGACUCAAAAGCUGUUUCAAAGCUGUGGGGAAAACACAAGAACAAGCCUGACAUGAACUAUGAGACCAUGGGAAGAGCUCUCAGGUACUACUAUCAGAGAGGCAUUCUGGCUAAAGUGGAGGGGCAGCGGCUUGUCUACCAGUUUAAGGAGAUGCCAGCUGAUCUGGUGGUGAUUGAGGAUGAAGACACAGGCUCUGAUGCCAACUGCGGCUAUGGAAAUCAGAGAUCUACCAACGGGCGGUCUGUGGUCCGUGGAGGGUCCAAAGGGCACGGGAGGGCUCAUGGUCAACACCAUGUCUCGAUGAAGCAGAUGAAGAAAGAGCCUAAUGAUGAGUAUCCGUACCAGGAAGCAAAUGGUGGACAGACGGAUCAGCUCCUUCAGUCGGUCCAUAUGUUGCAGGCCAGCCAAGGGUCAAUUGUCCAAGACCCGACACAAGCUAUGAGGACCAUCACUGCUCCUGCAUCAGUUCCCAUGGUCCUGACAUCUCCCCUCACCACUGUUCUGGCCAACGGGGACUCCAGCCACUGCUCCCCACCCCGGGUUAUUCUCCACACCAUGCCCUCCACCACAGCAGGUGGUAAAGAUGUGCUCACCAUCCAGACGGCCUCUCUAGCAGGUGGAGCCAGCAGCCUGCAGGAUGGCCUCCCUCAGCAGCUCCUGGUCACCAGUCUGGGCUCCUCCGUCGUCUCCACCUCCUCCUCCUGCACUUCCCCUCCAGGAGUUAUUAGUUCCACCGCUUCCAACCACAAUGGUCUGCCUCGUCUGGUCACCAUCAACACAACCUGCGGGCAGACCAUGGUGGCACAGCAGCCUGGCACCGUAAUUGCCACCGUGCUCAAAUCCAGCGACCUCUCGGGGCUGCAGGUCAAAGAGGAGCUGCUGGACCCCAGCUACUUCCAGUCGAUGGUGAACGGUGAUCCAUCACUGGCGGCAAAUACGUUUGAGAAAGAAGAGAUUGAGGUAGGGGAAGCAGAGCUGCAGUAUAGGACUGUGAUCAUUGAUACCAGUCAAAGCCAGGGCCACGAGGCUGUGAGUGAAACUAUAAUUAAUGGACAUUCCUCCCAGAGCAGCAGCCCUAGUGAGGGCCUGACCCCUGUGGAGGAGCUGGAAGUGCGUGGGGAGAUGUCCCUGCAGCCUGAGCAGGGAAUCAAAGGCCUCCAGGAGCUGCCACUGUCUGUCCAAUUGCCUGCAAACUUUAUCCAGAUAAAGACAGAGCCUGCAGAGGCUUAGGGCUGCAGGACUCCUCCACACAAGCUGAACCAAAAACAACCAUUGAAUCCAUUUUGACCACAGACUUUUCUUUUCCUACCACAGUGAUCUGAUCACAGAUCAGAGCGAGGGGAUCAUGGCAGCAAGUUGCUCUUAAAGGUUGGUCAGUUCAGCCUCAGGAUUUAUUGUUUACUCACAUAUAUUGUGACCAUGUGCCUAAUUUUAAAAAUCAAGGGAGUGUUUAGUUUUUCUAAGAAGUCACUUUUCAGAUUAUUGGGAUUAUUUUCCAAGGACAUUAACCCCAACACACAAAGAUAAAGAUACACAGGAAAGUACACAUGCGCACACACAUAAAACGAGCUCCCCCUCUAGGAGAACAGCCAUUGGAUAAACCAGGGAUCCCUGUCUACCAAAUGUGCCAGUUAGUAAUUUUCUUACCUUACAUCUCAUUGGACUGUGUUCAAAGAGGAGAAUGCAACAAACCAAAACGGGGGACUGAAUGCCAAAUGGUGCAAUGAAAUCAGACUUCUGAGAACGUGCCGAGGGUGUGUGUGUGUGUUGUUUUUAAACCACAUACAAGCUUCUUUUUUCCAUGGAUGAGGGAUGGAUACUGUGUCAUGGUUUCCAGGUGAAAAACACUUCUCAGAGUUUAAUUGAAGAGUGCCUUACAGGAAAGUACAAACAGCUCGAGACUCUUUCUUUGAAAUGUCUGGGAAAAAGAUGAAAAACGGACUAAAUGGCUUUUCAGACUUUCAGACUUUCAGACUUAUUUUCAUAUAAACAAAAAAGUUAUGCAUUCACUCUCUAUUACUCCUGGCCUUAAAACACUGUGUUACUAUGGAAAUGGGCAUUUUCUAUCCACCAAGGACAGUCCAACAUCAAAACUGUUUGUAUAGAGCUGCAGACCCGAGGCACAGCAAGAUAGGGAGGCACAAAUGGAGAGAAAGAAUACGCAGGAUAAAACAGAUUUUAUCAGUAUCUGCUUCGGAGGCUCCAAGGUUUAAAUCCUGCUUAUAUGAAAUGGAAUUAUAUAUAUAUAUAUAUAUAUAUAUAUAUAUUUAUACAUAUAUAAUAUACAAUUGAGAUUCAAUUUUAAGGCCAUAGCGAAUUUAUUUAUUUUGUGAAUUUCUAAAUUCUGUAUAAAAAAGGCACAUUUGUCUUCUAUUUACAUGUGUAAACAUGAGGGAAAAUACAAAGAAUAUGAACGUUAAUACCAGGCAGCCUAUUUGGUAUUUUUUUUUAAGACCAACAUUUUUCAUUUGUAUAGCAUUCCAUAUAAUCAGCUUUGGUAUUUUCUUAAGUUUUGGACUCAGCAGCAUCAUUAUUCCACUGUUAUAUUCUCUUACUGUAGAUAUGCCCUGUUGUGUGUCUGAUUUAAACAUGUACUGAAUGUGCUUUGGUUCUUUCUUUUCAGCAGACAUACCUCUUUACAUUUACCUUUUUCAACAGUUAAGCAGUAGGGACUCUGCAUUCAAUAAUAUUAUUUUCUGUGUACUGCAUAAACUACAACAUGUAUCAGUCAGUAUGUCUUUGAAAUCAUAUCUCAAGUUUCUUUAGUAAUUUGGUACAAAGCUGUACUAGCUGUUUUUUAAAGCUCCUCUCCUCUCCUGCUCUGGCCUUGUCUCCUUUCUCCUUGUCUCCUCUCCCCUCUCCUCACGUCUCCUCCCAUCUCCUUUCCUUAUUCCUCUUGUCUCAUUUCGUCUGGUCUCCUUCUUCCUCUCCUGCUCUCGGGUCAGUCAAGUCGGUGCCUUCUUUAUUUGCUGUCCCACUUUGUUAAGGACCUCUCAGGCCAGCCAUCUGAUUGGCCCCUCGGCCCUACCGGGGAUGAAGCCAUAUUGAUCCUGAGAGGUAUCACAGCUAAAUUGGUUGUAUUUUCCACCCGGACUGUGGCUGCAGAGUUAGGACAUUAAGACAUACUGACCUCCAUCCACACGGGCACCUGAGGGCAGGAGUUAAAAGCUGCUUUACAACCCCACAUCAGCCAAAAGGCUCUGGGUCUGCAAAGACACUCUGAAUGUAUACUUACUGUUUAAGUACAUGCUUAUGCAAAUCUUUGACAAUCAAUAAUUACACUGGGUUACAUUUUCAUCAAAAUUUGUCAGUCUUUUAGAGGGGAUUUGCUGCUUUUUUUUGCGUUAUAUAUAUUUCCAUAUCUGCCCUGCGUUUUCUUUCAAGCACUGUUGUCUGUGAGAUGUUGAGGUAUGUCCACUGCUUAUGUUUUGUUGCUUCUUUUGUCUUGGGUUGUCAAUUGCCUCCCUUAAAUAUAGAAUAGAUUUUUAAGAAAAAGUCAAUGUACUUAUUAAAAACAAAAUCUUCUUCACUGAA